AUGUGUUCCAUGGUCAAACAAUUUUCAUCAUACCACCAACAUGUAGCGAGAUCCAAAAUUUUUUCAAUUGUCUCAGAACUAGAAUUACAGCACAUAAACCAACAAUCAUGUAAUCGACCAAAAACGACACCAAAUCCACAGUCUGUAUCUCAUACACCAAUACAUGACCAACAAGACACUUAUCAGUACCCGAUCCCAAGUACCAGUCAAUACCAUUUUGCAUCAUCUACACCACAUCUCCCACACGGUCAACAAUAUAAUUACGAGUCUGAAACAUCAUCUGACAACAGUUAUUUUAAUAUAGUACAUACACAAGGUAAACAAUAA